CUGCUCAUAAUCACGAGCGCACUGAGGGAGGAGGCACUGCUUCAGUUCAGAGUGAUAAUGCAGAGCUAUAAAUCCUGAACUAUAAUUAAAUGAACUACAAUGCAAUGUAUAUCUAGGAUUUGACAUUCACUAGGUCGGGAUUGUUAUGGGUAAUUAGUUUGUCCUUAGUAACCAUACAGACAGCAAGAGGACUGAGCUGUUGAUCUGAGUAAUUUUGAUAACAAUGGCUAGCAUGGCUAGCUUGCGCUAACGUCAGCCAACCUAGCUGUGUUGUCUAAUAUACUACAGACUGCACACAAGCCAUCUGGAAGCUUAUGUUUACUUAAAAGUGGUUCGUACUAGAUAAGUGAGAAUAACUUAUCAUUACCUGCCCACAAAACAAGAUGUUUUCGGUAUUGAAGUACAAGUCAAUUGACUAUGUGUUUGAGGCCACAGCCAGGCGUAAAUUAACAUUAAGUUGCCUGGUUCUACCAAUACCUUACAACCUCAACACUCAAGACAUCUAUCUUCACUGUGGUUCUCUACCUGAUGAUGCCUAUCGAAAACCAUGGAUUCGAGGAAACACAGUUUCCUCCAGCAGCCUGAACAUGAAGGGAUCGAUAGUGGAAGAACUAAGAUCUAAAACACUACCUAUGGAUUCUGUAGAAAAAAUGAGCGCUACUCACACUCUGAAUGAAGCGGAAGCUUUGGAGAUAGUCCCCAGCUCCAAUCCUGCUUCCCAGGCCUAUCCUGAGUUGGAGGAGAUCCUUUGGCAGGUCACCCACAAAAAGAGUGAGGCUGAUUUAUCUUUAGUAGAUGACUUCACCAAAGCCACAGGAAGUGACAUGAGUGUGGGUCAUGAAGAGCUCCUGCUUGAGGAAUCGCUGGGUAGCUCUCCUCUGCACCAGUUCAAGAAACACAUGCCGACUUUAAGAGUCAAACUAAGCCGAUUGAAAGCUGUGUUGGUGUCAGACCCACUACAAACUCCAGUGGGAGGUUCCCUGUCUGAGCAUAUGAUUUUUGGGAGAUGUGUGCCCUAUGAUGUCAGUUCAUGUGGUGAUACAAACAGCUCUCAGAUGAGGUCAAGUGUUAUAGAAGGGUUUAGCAAAGUGUCACCUCGGGAUGAAGAGUCCUUAAUGUUGCUUGAAGUGGAAUCCUGCAGCAUGCACAAAGAAUCCUUCAGCACAUCUCUAGCCUACCUUUCUAGUAUUCUACAAGUAAGAAAAGAACCUGAGGGAGACCAGGUGUCUUUGGUGGAGAUGCUUAAAAAAGUGACCCCAGCAGGUCAACAGGAAAUGCAUCAUUUUAGAACCCUUGACGCUCCUAGUAACAGCUUGAAUCCUCUCAACCCAUUAGACCCAAAGACCCCAGUGCCUCUUAGGCUGUACCCAGAGCUGGAGUUGGAUGUACCCUUCUUCCCAGCUCGUGGCCCUGAGCGGCCUGAGCUGCGGUUGCCCAACAGUCACCUUCAACCGAAGCGUUUGCCCCCCGUCUACAGGCAUUGGCUAGUGUCAGAUGAGGAACGAGAGGAGGUAGAGCGGGUUCUGUGGUCCUCAGAGAAACAGCAUAACGCCAUAGGAGGUUUUCUUCUGGCUGAUCCUCCUAGUCUUGAGCGUUUUGAGAAGAACCAACCACUGACUGAUGCCUUCAAGCUCUUGGGCAUCUCAGCACCAAAACAAGACGUUGAACUCACUGGAUUCCCUGAACAGCUCCAGUCUCUGGGAAAAGGCUGCGCUGAAAUUCCAGAGGAUAUGACAGCUGAGCCACUCAGUAUUGAGAAAAGGGAUUUGGUUAAGCCGGAGGGCUUCACAGUGCUGUCAGGCUCAGAGAUUGAUGAUGUUCUGAGAGAAGUCUCUGGAAAUGCGGGUAAAUCCCCAUUUCCUAAUAAUUCAGCGAAACCCACGCAGCCUCCCGCCACUUCUGUCCAGGGGAAGCGGCUAGCGGUACCCUCUCAGCAGGAGGAUGGGACCACUGUGAAGAAACUCAUCAUGGAGAAGGUGGCGUGGCCCUCUGAGAUCUCAAAGCCUGCCUGGGAGCGUGGGCACCAGAGAACGCCUCAAGGCACCCCGACCAAGAGAGAGGAGAGUGUGGCCAACUUCUCUACAGUGAGACACCCUCCAAAGGAGCUUCCCAGCAGAACUUCACCGCCCAAGCCAGUGACGCACUCUGACCUUUUGACAUCUUUCAUGAUGCUCAGACAACAGCAGUGUAUGCUGGAGUCUUCGGAGAAGACCAACUCCAGCCUGUCAAGUGCAGCAGGAGAAAAAAAUUUACAGGUAAAGAGGUUCACCAGCCAGAGACCCACAGAGCAGGUGAGGCCAGGUGAGGUCGGUCAGCCUCAGGUGACGGGGAUGGCGUCCUCAUCAGGCCCUCCAGAGAGAGGCAGCUCCUCCGUUGUCCAGGGAACCCAUAGUAUCACCUCUACAGGUCAGGCCAUCAGAGCAAACACUCCUGUCGGUCAGACUAACAGAGCAAGUACUCCCAUGACUUCAGAUAGCAAAGAUGGCAAGGCUGUGGCUCAGGAAUCCACUGAGGGGGACAAUAACAACAGCAGGGUCAUACCUGUUCAGGCUACAGAGAGCCAGCUGCUGGCCCUGCGGGCGGUGCAGGUGGUGGGCGAGCCGUGCUUCUCUAGGGCGCUGGAGCUGGGCCUGAGUGCCACCGGUGGCUGCAGGGACUUCAGCAGCCUGGACACGGAGCGCAGCCACUUCCUGCUCAAACAGCAGCAGAAGCAGCUCUCCGUCAUGCCAGGCCUGGAGCAGCUGUACGUGGAGGUGGCUUUGCUGCACACCCUCGUCACUGUGAAGGAGCUGGUGCUUCGGUGUGGAGUCACCAGAGCUUGUGAUUACCUGGCUAAGGCCAAAACUGCCCACGAGACAGAUGUGUUAGACCUGCUGCACAAAAAGUACCUGAUCUUGCAGUUCCACAGCCAGAAGAACCGGGAGCCAGACCCAAAACUCCUGGAGCUCCAGGAUGUGAUGAAAUCAUGGCUGCAGUCUGUUGACACUCAGCAGCCCCUUUCAAAAGUGCUCUUACUGAUUUCUAGCAACUCGGACUCUAUGAGGACGCCGCUGAUUGGAAGUCUUAGUGAGAUAUCAGGAGAGGGUGUGGUGGACGCAGUUGUGUCUGAAGAAAACUGCUGGCAGGUGGAUGGCAAGAAGGUGUUGAACAGCCUGAGGCGUAGCAGCUGGGUGGUGGUGUGCAGCCAGCACCUGGGUCCUGACUUUCCCUGGCACGCCUUCUCUGUGGUGGUGGAGUACGACAGCCUGGGCCACACGCCCUGGCCCUCCAUCUGCAGGGAGAGGAACAUCAGCUAUGUUACCUUCGCCACCGUCACCCCUGCCUCUGACCCCACAGCCCCCCCAUCUUCAUCAACUAAUCUGGAGAGAAUCCCUUUCACGCUGUUUGUGACUGAAGGUCUGCUGGAUCGCUCAUCUUUACUGCAGACCCUGGAGUCCGUGUAUAACCUGACCAUGAUAGAAAGGAGCCACUCUCCCUCGCUGAAGAUGCUCGGGGGAGCUCAUCAAUAUGCUGUGAUUACAGUCGACGAGAGCACCGCGGUGCUCCUGCAGGAGGUGGACGAGCUGGCGAUGGAGCGAGCGAGUGAGCGGGUGGUGAUGCGUUUGAUCGCCCUCUCCCUGCAAUACAGCUGCUGUUGGCUCCUCCUGCAUUGCCCCAGCGCCCGCUACUCAUGCUUCUCUGUGCAAAUUUUGACCAACUUGGCAUUAAUCUACUCAGCUGUGGUACUCUUUGGAAUGAAGUCUGAAGAAUUCAACGUCAAGGUUUUGGUCGUAUCAGAGGAGGAGGAUAUUGCCAGAUGGAUUUACCAGAUAGCCCAUCACAGCAUGAUGUCAUCAGAGGCCGACCCUCAGAGUUAUCUGGACAGAGAGUGGCUAUCUGUGCUGCCCUCACAGGAUGAGGGUUGUCUGAUGCGUUUCCCCAGUGUAAGUCCGCUGGUGGCCCAGAUCAUGCUGAAGAGGGCCCCCUCCCUGCACUGGCUCCUGGGAGCCUCCCUCACAGAGCUCCAGCAGCUGCUGCCUGAGGUCCCUCACAAAGUCAUCAAGCUCUUCACAGACACCACAGGUCUGUAUCCUCUGAGCUCCCCUGCUCCCCAGUCUGACCCCGUGCCUGACCCCGAGCCCCAGACCCAGCUCCCUCAGACGGGGCGGGCCAGCACACAGGACCCCUGGGCUUCAGCUGUCCAACCGCAGGCGUCCCUCUACAGCCACAGUCCCCAGCAAGAUGCCCUCUUCCACAAGACUUCCAGUGCUGGUCAGAGCGAUGCCCUCUUCCACAAGACUUCCAGUGCUGGUCAGAGCGAUGCCCUCUUCCACAAGACUUCCAGUGCUGGUCAGGGCGAUGCCCUCUUUCAUAAGAAAGAGGAAUGUGAACAAGCAGGGAGUUCUACAGCCGGUCAGAGUGAUGCAUUCUCCUACAAGACACAGGAUUGGGGGCAAGUAGGGAAUUCCUGUGCUGGUCAGAGUGAUGCCAUAUUCCACAGGAAAGAUGUCUGGGGGCAAUCAGGAGCAGGUCAAACCAAUGCUGUUUUCCAUAGGAAUGAGGAUUGGGAGCAAACAGGGAAUUCCCCUGCCGGUCAGACUGAUGCACAUUUCCAUAGGAACGAGGAUUGGGGGCAAGCAAGGAGUUCUUCAGAAGUUCAGAGUGAUGCCUAUUUCCACAGAAAAGAGGAUUGGGGGCAAAAAGAAGCCAGUCAGGCCGAUGCCUUUUUUCACCAGACACCGGAUUGGGGGCAAACAGGGAAUUCCACUGGACGUCAGAGGGAUGUCUUUUCCCACAAGACACAGGAUUGGGGGAAAACUGGGAAUUCCGAUCUGACUGAUGCCUUUUUCCAGUGGAAAAAUGAUAGGGGGCAAACAGAGAAUGCCAGGGCUCGUCAGAGUCAUGAUGUCUUCCACAAGAAAGAUAUUUGGGAGAAACCAGGGUAUUCCAAUGCAAGUCAGGCUGAUCCAUUUUUCCAAAGGAAAGAGGAUUGGGGGCAUAAAGAAACAGGUAAGACUGAUGAUGUCUUCCGCAGCAGAGAUGAUUGGGGGCAGACAGGGAAUUCCUGUGCCGUUCCAAGCAAUGAUGUCUUCCGCAGCAGAGAUGAUUGGGGGCAGACAAGGGAAUUCCUGCGCUGUUCCGAGCAAUGAUGUCUUCCGCAGUAAAGUGGAUUGGAGGCAAACAGGGAGCACUGGACUACAUUUGAGCAGCAGCUCUUUCAGUCCUACUCCAGCAGCAACAGCAACACCUCCAGCUCCACAGGGCUUCCAGCAUAAACGCUGGCACAUGGACGUCAAAGAGAACAAGUUCAUCCCACGCACAAAACAAGCACGUGAUUGGACGUUGAGGAUUUCACCAAAGGAGACUUAUUCGAUAAGGGAAACACAAACCACAAGCCCGUUUGAGAGAAGCUUUGCCAGUGGGCACCAACCUUCGCCGUACUUCCAUAGUCAGAUGCCCGCUGCCAUACCCUGUGGCCCGACCCACAGCAUCGCCUCGUCCCCGGUGUCGCGUUGGACGGGCAAACUGAUCUCCGAGGCCUACCGCGUCACACCGGUACGGCAGCACGCCAGGGGGCGCGAGGGCUGAGCAGGACAGGAAGAGGAGAGCGGGGAUAUCUCCACUGGAGAGCCCAGCCUCAGGAUUCCCACAAACCAAGAAGGGAAAGCUGUUCUAUGAGAAGGUUCCUGGCAGAAGUGAUGGACAGACAAGACUGAGGUUUUUCUGACUUUUAUCUUCUAUCUGAUUUGGAUCCUUCCUCCCUGUUAGAGGUUAUUUAACAUAUUCUAUGCAUACAAUUUCAUUCACAAAAAGGUGGACACUCAAUAAAACAUUUUUGUUCCAGCCACAGUGAUUGUAUAGUAUUUAUUAUAUUUAUUCAAAUAGAUGUUUACCCUUAAUCCCUAAACAGAAUAAUCUUUAGAUAAAAAUGUUACUUAUUGAAAUUAUUAAUAGCUGUUUUUAUUGUCAUGUAUGUGAUAUAAGACGUAUAUUAAUUUUGGGUGGAUGUUAUCUGUGAUUUGUACAGUGCCAAUCUGUAUUGUUCUCAAUCUUGUGCUCAUCAAUAUUUAUGAUGUUUAUUGUGAGAGUAUAUGUGCUUUUGUUUUUUAAAUAUAUUUAUGAUAUUUAUUGUGAGGGUAUACUGUAUGUAUGUUUUUGAAAAAUAUGUAUGAUUGUUGUGAGAGUAUACUGUAAGUACAUUUUUGAAAAUAUUUAUGAUGAUUAUUGUGAGAGU